AACAUCCAUUUCAUCUUUGCUCGAUCCCUGCACUGAGGCGUGACGCUAACGUCGAAUCGGAGGUCUUUGAAAGCAGCAGGGAACGUCGUCUUAAUGUUCAAACAUUGCAGUGGCACAGCCUUGGAAAACAAAACGUCAACAAAAUAAUUCCAGCCCGUUUCGCUAAACGUCAGGCUUUGUCGAUCUCAGGUGACGUCACUGUCUGGCGGAAGAUGCUGCUGCCUUCAGGUGCUGUCCAAAAUAAUCAUAGUGUAUGUCCAUUAUGUCUACGGGUUCCGUGCAUUCACGCGAGAGUACAAACAGACAUGGACAAUAAGGUAUACACACACACUCACACCUUAAUACGUGAAUAUACAAUCAUCUACACUAACUCGCUUAUACACAGAGUCGUGUUAAGUUGUGGUUGUACUGAUUGUACCUGAAUGUAGCAUGAGUCUGCCGGCAGUCAUGGAAACAGUGUGACGCUAAAGUGUACCGUUCGCCUUUCCAUAAUCCGUUUGGGAACUUCUACUCAAGUAUUUUGUUAGUGUAGUUAAAGUUACUUAAUUUUAACAUCGUACGAAUGUGUUUUGGGAUAUCGGCGAGCGUGUUCUGAGUGCUAAUUCCGUUUAGUUAGCCACUGCAACUGCACCAGUCCGGUAGGUGGCGGUAUUGCACUUAAUCGUAUAGAAAAAGAAGAACGAGUAAACAGCUUUAAUCAGCUAGCUAACCGGCUAAUUUGUUGAUGAGACAACGCGCGCGUUUUUUUUUAAAACGUGCACGUACGUCAUAUAUCGCCAGCUAUGCCUUUCUAUGAAGUUUACUCCCAUCCUGCUUUAAUUCGGUACAAAACCAGCCUUUGCACCAGCGCCACCGUGUUCCUUGUCGCGGUCCUGUGCCUCACUUACAUCCCACCGUUGCUGGUGGUGUACAGGAGCCAAGGUUUCUGGAUUAAAAGGAGCACCUAUGAGGAGCAGCCGGUAGUGCGCUUCCAGUAUGAGACUCUCCUGGUAGCCUCCACCAGCACAAGCGGAGACUAUGUAGCCUGGAGCACCGCCCCUCAUCUCAACAACAUGCUGGGGGACAACCUGAGAAUCCCUCUUGUCUCUGUGAGAGAAGAGGACCACAACCAGGACGGGAAGCUGGAUCUCCUGGUUUUUCAGUUGCAGUUACCCUUGAAAGAUGAGGAAAGUGUUUACAGUGUGCAACUGCUUCUGACCUUCAGCUACCAGCUCUUUACAAAGUCAACAGUGGUGAUGCAGAGCCUGGCUUACGUGCAGCACUCCUCUUCGGUCCCCGGAGCCAAGCUCUUCGUCAGCGGAGACCUGAGGCUGCAGCAGAGGACGCCGUUGCCUCACCGCGGACUAUUCAACAUUUACAACGUGUCUGUGAUUGACACCUCCAGCCCUUUUGCAAGUGCAUACGACCUUGACGGCAUCGUGAGGCGCUACCAGGAACGAAACUUGACCACGGUACUUUCCUGCCCCACGCCAGUGUGGACCACGGGACGGGCUGCUGGUUCUCCUUUCCUACUGAACGUGGAGAUCCGCUACCCCACAGAGGUAAUUAGCUAUCGUCCCGGCUUUUGGGAAACCAUUAAGUUUGCCUGGAUCCAAUAUGUCAGCGUUCUUCUGGUUUUUCGCUGGCUUUUUGAACGCAUCCAGAAGUUUGUCUUCCAGAAACAGGUGCUAACCACCGUCCCGGUCACGCCUGGAAAACCUCACCAGCAUUGACGUCGCUUCAACGCGGGAUUAGGAGGUUUUGCUCUUUGGGUUUUAGGCACAGAAUCAAGUGGACCCUGUCAACGCUGUCACUUUCAGCACUGUGACCAAAGUUAAAUGAUAAAGACACCCCCAAUAAACUUGCAAUAUUAUGAGGAAAAAUAACAUCUUUUUACAAGCAUAAAGUUGAAAUAUGCUGAGAAACAAAAAUCAGGUACCGAUAUUUAUAGGUGCCAAUAAUUAAAAAAAAAAGUUUAAAUAUUUAUUUUUCUAAGUCAUAUGUUGAAAAACAAAAAUUAGGUUGCAGAAAUUAGAAAAGCAGACUAUUUUACAAGAAUAAAAUCAAAAUAUUGAGAGAAAAAAAGUUACUUUUUACAGAGGAUUUUAAAAAUAUUUUUUAGUUGGAGCCUAUAGGAGCCUUGGCUACAAAAAUGUCCUUAUUUUUUCCUCAUAAUAUUAUGAUUCAUUGUUGUUAAAUUGCUACUUUUUUAAAUACUAAAAUAUUUUUUUAAGCUGAAAUAUUUAGAUAAACAAAACAAUGGGCUGCACGGCGGAUGAGUGGUUAGCGCGCCGACCUCACAACUAGGAGACCCGAGUUCAAUUCCACCCUCGGUUAUCUCUAUGUGGAGUUUGCAUGUUCUCCCCGUGCAUGCGUGGGUUUUCUCCGGGUACUCCGGUUUCCUCCCACAUUCCAAAAACAUGCUAGGUUAAUUAGCCACUCCAAAUUGUCCAUAGGUAUGAAUGUGAGUGUGAAUGGUUGUUUGUCUAUAUGUGCCCUGUGAUUGGCUGGACCCCGCCUCUCGCCCGAAGACAGCUGGGAUAGGCUCCAGCACCCCCCGCGACCCUCAUGAGGAUAAGCGGUAGAAAAUGAAUGUAUGAAUAAUUUGGAGCAGCCGAACCGGAGCAGGAGGGGAUAGAAAAGAAGAAAAAAAAAACUGAAUAGGGAGUGCGGGGACAAUACAAAGAGAGAGAAGAACAAUUGCAAUGACAAUAACAACAACAAAAAGAACAUCAGCAAAUAUCUCCAGCACCCCCGCGACCCUUGUGAGGAAAAGCGGUAGAAAAUGAAUGAAUGAAUGAAUGAAUGAACAAAACAAUGAAUAAAGUUGCCAUUUUGGGCAAAAACAGGUUUUUAGAAAAGUUAUGUUACACAUCAAAGUCAUAAAAUCUAAAAACCAGGAACCUGAAAUAGUUGGAAAAUGAAAAUCCCAUUAAAAGCCCACUCUUAUGUGCGGUCUGUAAUGUUUUAAUGAAAUAUUUUUGAUAUUUUAUGACACAAAACGUGCAAGUCUACUCUUAUAGAGUGUUAAUAGAUUGAAUGGUUUGAUUUUGUUUUUUUUUUUAAAGAAUUUAAGUGAAUGGAGUACAUGUCAAUUGUUGUAUAUAGACAUUGUUUUUUUUAAUCUACUGGAUUAAAUAAAGGUUUAUUCAGUAGAUCAUU